UGGUUCAGGUUCAACAAUGGAAGGGCUGGUCUACUGUCUGGUGGUUGUACUGCUUGGUGGAAUCUGUUCUGCUUCACCAGCAGGAAGAGAGUUUGCCACAUCUUUCAUGCAGAAUCUUGGCGUGGAUGGUAAAGAUACUCGUUUCGUAGUUGAGGUUGCAGCUUUGCCCUCUUCACAAGGCAGCACCACGGUCAAGGUGUCUGCUGUGGGUGAGGUCUUUGAAAGGGAAAUAAGUCCUGGUUCGAGUGUCUCCUUCAAACUACCUGACAGUGUAGAGAUGAGAGGCAGUGAAAAGUUCAAUCAGACUGUGCUGAUCGAGGCGAGCCAAGAUGUUACUGUGAUGUCUCUCAACUUCAAGCAAUACACGGCUGACACCUCUGUGAUUUACCCAGUGAAGGACUGGGGGACUGACUACUUCAUAUUCACUCCUUCCAGCAACCUGAAAGACACCUUUAAAGAAUUUUCUAUCACUAACCACAAGGACCCCAACUUUGUUGAGAUUUUACUACAGGGCUCUGUCAGAUUCCAAGGGAAAUAUUACAGGAGACAAAGCAAGAUGUCCCUGAAGCUAGAGCCAUUUGAGACCGUUCAGAUUCAGAGUCAGGAUAACCUGAGAGGUACUAACGUAGUGUCCCACCUCCCUGUCGCCGUCUCCUCGGGACAUAGCUGUGUCCAGAAGUUUACUGCCUGCAACCAUGUCUAUGAACAACUUCUCCCUGUGAACAGCUGGGGGAAAGAAUUCAUCAUUGCACCCCUGCCCUACCGCGACACAUAUUCCUCUACAUAUGACAGUGUUAUCCUCCAAGCAUCCCAGCACACCGAAAUAAUCGUGAAUUUAGAUGGAAAGGUCCAGAGUUACCAUAUGUUUGCGGGACAAACUCUCGAGCUCCAGUCUCAGUGGCCACUUGCUAUGUAUUUGACAUCAGACAAAGGUAUACAGGUGCUGUUUGAAUUCAAUGGAGGUCCUGAUGAUGUAGUUCAGUAUGUUGAUCCCUUCCUGAUGACUAUACUGCCCACAAGUCAAUUCAGCACUUCCUACUCCCUGGAGGGACAGGAGAAUUUCCACAACUAUAUCAUAGUUGUGGCUCAGAACAAACACCUGGAUGGCAUCAAAAUUGACCCCAAGCCCCAAACGACAAAGUUCAACUGGCAAAAAGUGGAUGGGACUGAUUUCUCCUGGGCUGAGAUGUACUAUAGCACCGGGGCAAACUUCUUUCAGAUUUCUCACCCCGAGUCUCCAUUUGGAGUCUACAGUUAUGGUGUUGCUAAUGCUAAUGGGUAUGGAUCCCCUGCAGCUGCAAACCCAGCAGAGAGACAUGACUGCAGUACCAUGAAAUGUUCAGAAGAUGAAGUGUGCCAGAUGAAAGGAAAUUCUUCAACAUGCGUCAAAAAACCACCAGCCAUCAAAGCUGGAACCUGCUGGGCUAUGGGAGAUCCUCACUACCGCACAUUUGACGGCAACUACUACAACUUCAUGGGCAGCUGCACCUACACGAUGGCCAAGAUCUGCAAAGUUGAUGAGGACCACCCAGCCUUUGAGGUUGAUGCAAAGAAUUACAAACUUGAGGGUUCAAAGGUCACGUUUGUUGGCAGGGUGAUCAUUAAGGUGUAUGGGUACACUGUGACCAUUGCACGCUCAGAGUAUGGCCUUGUCAGGAUGAACCACACAUUGUGGAAUCUCCCCAUCAAUCUGGAAAAUGGGAAGUUGAAGUUAUCACAGAGCGGCUUGUCUGUCAUUGUUGAGACAGACUUUGGCUUGACCGUGCAGUAUGACUGGAAACAGUAUCUUGUCAUCACAGUGCCGGGCAGUUUUUCUGGCAAGGUGUGUGGCCUGUGUGGCAACUUCAACACCAAAAAGGAGGAUGACUUGGUGACUCCUAGUGGCUCACAGAGCAGCAAUGUAGCGGCCCUGGGAAAGAGCUGGAGAGUUCCUAAUGUGACAGAUGAUGCUCAUUGUGAAGACGAAUGCUCGGGCCAGUGUGAAAAUUGUGAUCAUGACAGUUUCUUUCAUAGCAUCGCUGCCAAGAUGUUCUGCCGUAUUCUCAGCGACGUUAUGGAUGGACCGCUCAGUGACUGUAAUGCUGUCAUUGACCCCAAAGUCUUUCAUGAGAUCUGUUUGUUUGAUAUGUGCAUGGGUGAUGGGUUCAAGGACUUCCUGUGUAACACCUUGCAGGUGUACGCUGAUGCCUGUCAGAGGGCCGGUGUGAAAAUUUACGACUGGAGGCAUUUCGCCAAUUGCCCUCUACCCUCAUGCCCGGAGAACAGUCAUUAUGAGUUCUGCGGAAAGGCCUGCCCUUCCACCUGUGAAUACCCAGAUGCUGCUGCAAAGUGCAACCGAAGCUGUGUGGAGACAUGCGUCUGUGACGAAGGCUUCCUGCUCAGCGGCACAGAGUGUGUCAGUGAGGCCCAGUGUGGCUGCCAGUACAAAGACAAGAGCCUGUACAUAGAGGAUGGAGCCUCUGUCUUCACUGAUGACCACUGUACCGAGAAGUGCACAUGCAACGGCACUACCAAGGAAGUGAAUUGUGAGAAACCAGGUUGUCCUAAGGGGUAUGAGUGCAAGGUGGUUGAUGACCUUAUCGGAUGUGACCCUAUUACUUUUGCUGAGUGCAGCAUGAUUAGUGGCCCUCACUACGAGACCUUUGAUGGGCAUGAUUACAGCUUCCAUGGCACCUGUGUGUAUCAAUUGGCUGGGGUCUGCUCGAAAGAUCCUUCCCUGCCACAUUUUGAAGUUUAUGUGCAGAAUGAUGCCUAUAGUAACAGAGUGGACUCUGGUGCAAAGCUGGUGGAGGUCAAAUUUUAUGAAACUUCCAUUGUUGUCUCUAGAAAACACAAAGGUCUAGUCAUGAUGAAUGGAGAACUUAUACACUUACCUGUCAAAUAUAAACGCAAUUUCACUGUAAACCAAUUUGGUGACUCUGUUGAGAUAAAGACUGACUUUGGCCUGCUAAUCUCCUAUGACUGGCAAUCGACAGUUCAUGUCAAAAUACCAAGUACAUAUGAAGAUGAAAUGUGUGGUAUGUGUGGCAAUUACAAUCAGAACCCCAAAGAUGACAUGCAGUUGAAGAAUGGCACACAGGCUGAGUCUGCAGAGGAACUGGGAAAAAGUUGGAGGGUUGCAGAGAUCCCAGGCUGUGUAGAUGGCUGCAAGAACAGCAAGGACUGUCCAAGCUGUGACAUCACCCAGAAAGACAAAUAUGAGACUAAUAGGUACUGCGGUUUAAUACGAGACCCCAAAGGCCCCUUCGGCGAAUGCCAUGACAUCAUAAAACCUGAAAGAGUUUUUCAGAGUUGUGUGUAUGAUGUGUGCCUUUACAAUGGCAAAGAGGGCUCCUGGUGUGGCCAUCUCCGCCGUUACACCAUUGAAUGCCAAAGCAGAGGAGUCAAUGUGUCCCAGUGGAGAUCAACAGACUUCUGUCCCAUAUCUAAGAUUCAACUUCCAACCAACAGUCAAUAUAAACACUGUGGCAAUGUUUGCCAUGCAACCUGUGACAACAGGUUAGCUCUCUCUCACUGCAAGAAGCCCUGCCAGGAAGGAUGGGAGUGCAAAGAUGACUUCCUACUCAGUGAUUCCAAGUGUGUGCCUUCUGACCAGUGUGGUUGCCUGUACAAAGGCAAAACCUACAAGCAGGGACAGAGUUUUCUGUCAGCAGAUUGUCAGCAAAUGUUCACCUGCAGUGAAGAUGGCACGAUGCUUCAUGAGAAACACUCUUGUGGGCUGUUUGAGAUGUGUGUGCUGACCAACAAUGUUGGAUCAUGCCAUCCAGUGGGAAAUGGAACGUGCACAAUCGCAGGUGAUCCACAUUACAACACCUUUACCAACCACACCUUUGACUUCCAAGGCACCUGCACCUACACUGCAGCUAAAUCGUGCCAUCUGGAGGGCUCACGGCUCAAAGCCUUCUCUGUGGUUGUGGAGAAUGAGAAAUGGACACUGACAGACACGCCAAAUGUAGCUGUAGCCAAGCUUGUUGCUGUGAAGGUGUAUGACACCACUCUAGUCCUCCGAAUGAAUCAACUUAGAACGAUCAUGGUGAAUGGCACCUUGUCAACCAUUCCUCUUAACCUCAAUGAUGGACAAAUAGAAGUCUUCCAAGAGGGUUUUCACUAUGCUAUUGUAACUGACUUCGGCCUGAAAGUGACUUACGAUAUGAUCUACAAAGUCACUGUCACUGUUCCUGGCAACUACAAGAGCAAAACCUGUGGUCUAUGUGGCAAUUUUAAUGACAACGAGCCAGAUAUGUUAGAACUUCCUGACGGAACAAUUACCAAGGACAUGCAGACAUUUGGAGCAGCAUGGAAAGCGUCUGUGCUGGGGGUGGUCUGUGAGGAUGGCUGCAGUGGCGACCAGUGCCCUAAAUGUGACAGCACACUAAAGAAAAUCUUUGAGAAAGAUUGUGAAAGCAUCACAAAUUCUACUGGUCCCUUUGUUGCCUGCCACAGCCAAAUUAAUCCUGAGUCUUACUACAGAGAUUGUGUCUAUGACGUCUGUAUGUCUCAGGGACGCAAAGACGUUCUAUGCAACAGCAUCUCAGCGUACAUGACUGACUGUCAGACCAUUGGAGUAAAAAUUAACAACUGGAGGACCCCUGAUUUCUGCCCUGUUACGUGUCCUGCAAACAGUCACUACCAGACUUGCUCUGAAACCUGUGGCUCUCCAUGUCCUGGUCUCACUGACACCAUCAGCUGCCCCGCUACUUGUGCUGAAGGCUGCGCCUGUAAUGAAGGCCACUACUUCAAUGGGACUGGCUGCGUUGCCCUGGACCAAUGCAGUUGUUACCACAACGGACGUACCUACAAGAUUGGCGAGUCUGUGGUAUCAGACGACUGCCAGCAGAUCUGCAACUGUACAACAUCUGGUGAAGUCGAGUGUGAGCAGUUUUCAUGCAGUGUUACAGAGAAAUGCCAGCUGACCAAAGGUGUCCUUGGCUGCCGUCCCAAAGAGUGUCGGAUGGAGACCGGAGGCUUCAUCAUGCUCUUCAGUGGCACAUCCGGCACUAUCUCUGUUAUGGGAGCUUACGAGAUCAUCACACACUGUGAUGAAUCAGCUGCCGACUGGUUCAGAGUUGUGGCCAGGCUCCAAGAGUGCCCUCUGACUGGAGUGAGGAGCGUGGUCGCUGUUUACGUCUUCUUCAACGAUCUGAGUAUCACCGUCACCGACAGACAGGAGACCUGGGUCAAUGGUAAAAAGGUAAAUGACCCCAGCCUGGCAGGUAAAAAUAUCUUUGUGAGACGCGAUGAGAAAAAGGUGAUUAUCGAGCAGACGUCACACUUCCAGCUGUCUUACAGCAAUUCCCAGCUUAUUGUUACUGUGAGUGACACCAUAGUGGACAACUUGUGUGGAGCAUGUGACAAUUUCAAAGCCUCCACAAACACCAUGGGCUUCUCACAGUUGAUGAUACAGGAGUACAUGGCCUCAUUUUCUGCACAGGACUUCCCUACCUGUGAGUUGUGAAGAAGAUAUCCUCUACUCAAAAGCCAGAGAUCAGUGCAACAGAAUAAUCAUCUGCAGACAAUUCAACAAUAAAUCCAAUACAUUUCCAAUAUGGUAUUAGUGUUAAUCAUACUUGUUAAGCUUUACAUGAAAUGGUUUGUUAUAUAUUUGCAUAAUAAAGUUCUUGCUCAACGCAGAAUCCA